GCCUCAUCUCAUCUGUUCGGUUCCGCUUUGCCAAUGUCCAAAUAAACAAUUUCCCCUUCCAAUCUCUCUCUCUCUCCAUAAUGGCGGCUUCCAGACUCUCCGUCUUCGGCACCGCGCUCUUUCAGAAAGCAACUGUUCCUCGCCUCAAAUUCGCCUUCCCAGUCGCUCCCUCCCCCUCCGCCAAACCCCUCCAGUUCCAGCACUCAUGCUCCACGACUGCUGCCGCCGACGUCCAGUCCACCGCCGAAAGCUUGAACCCUCACCCCUGGCCGGAGUGGGUUUCCUUCGUCGACCGAUUGAAAACCAAAGGUUAUAUCUUGGAAGCCAAGCAGCCCGUCAUAGACCAAACGACCGAAGUCACCACCACCGGCAAGGACGACGAGCUUGCUUAUCGUGAUAUGAAUCAGGUGAAGGACGCUUGCCUUAGCUUCGGCCGUGAUCGAUACGACAUAUUCAAUUCGUUGUCUGAGCCGGACAUUCAAACCUUGGUGGACAGUGGAUGCCCAAACCUUUUGCGGAAGGCUGUGAAUUCUGCAAAAAGGUUGAGAGCGUAUCUGCGAUUGGAUGAAGGGGAUGUUUGUGGUGCUUGCAAUCUUCGUGGUUCAUGUGACAGAGCUUAUAUUAUCUUGAAGGACAAAGAAGCAGAAGCAAGGACGGUGGACUUGGUGAGGAUAAUUUUGUUCUAUGCACUAGACCCGCUUGUGAUCUCAGAUGGGCAAAGGCCUGCUGGUAGAGAGAACGUGGAAGGAGCUGCUAGGAAACUGCUCUCUGAGAUGGUUGAACUGAGUGAGAGAACCGCUGCUCCAGAACCAUUGAAGCCAGCUGCUACGAAAAGUGGCAACAGAAAGAUACAAUUUGUUCACGAGGCUGAUGACAAAACUGCUACGAAAAGUGGCAACAGAAAGAUACAAUUUGUUCACGACGCUGAUGACAAAACUUCCAAUGGCAUGGCUACUAAGGGGUCCAACAGAAAGGCAAAAUUCAUUCGGGAGGCUGGCGACAAAGCAUCGAAUAGCUUUGGUGGUGGUCAACGGUCUGAAGAUGUGGAGAUGAAGAGAGGAGAUUGGAUGUGUCCCAAGUGCAAUUUCUUGAACUUCGCAAGAAAUAAGCGGUGCUUGAAAUGCAAGGAAGAAGGUCCAAAGAGUACCGUUUCAAGCGACAUGGAAAUGAAGAAAGGAGAUUGGCUGUGUUCCGAAUGUAAUUUCAUGAACUUUGCCAGAAACAUAAGCUGCCGGCAGUGCAACGUGGAGAGGCCAAAACGGGUGGGAGUAAAUGAUGUGGUAAUGAAGAAAGGGGAUUGGACUUGUCCACAGUGUGAAUUCAUGAACUUUGCUAGCAACAAGGCCUGUUUGUCCUGCAAGGGGACGCGCCCCAAGAUAGUGAUCGGAGAGUGGGAAUGCUCGUGUGGGUUCCUCAAUUACAGCAGAAAUGCAGCGUGUCUAAAGUGCAAGACUGAUCGUCCCACUCCCAAAGGACUUCUAACUGCAAAAAUGGGUAGUGCAGAUUUCGUCGAACAAUCUGCAGCAGAUUACGAAGAAUGGAGAAGACCCCAGUAGUUCAAUAUAAUGGUUAGGCGAUACAAAUUAUUUCAAAGAGACAAAUGGCAGCGUAGGAUUGGUAUCACUACUAAGAAUGUUUUUAUUUCGAGAAUUGAAAGUUUUGUUAUCCACUACUGGUUUUUAGCAAGGUUUUUACCGGAAAAGUAAGCGGUACGAGAUAAUAAAGUCGUGAUUUAUCAUAGUUCAAUCGUUAAUACAGCUAAGUAUUCUCU